CUCGAGGCUAGCGUGGCAGCUACACCGACCUUGAGCUAACUCCGACGGUGAUGGAAUUUCUUGUCCAAAGAUGUCUCCUGCUUUGUCUCUACACAACAUCAGCUCUAGGUGUUGCAACCAUUCAGUUGACAUCCAGCACUGGUGAUGGUGCGGCAUGUCCAAAUGACCCUGUUGUAUUCACCUGCUCUGUGAGUGGAACUGUUUUACGAUGGAUAGCUGAUCCUCCACCUGGCUAUGUCAUAUCUGGGCAGGUGACACAACUUUUAUUUUCUACUAUUACUGUUAAUCUCCUGCCUGCUGGAGUUGAAGGAUUCAUGUUUCAAGCUGCUGUAACGAAUACAAGUAAUGGUACUCUUACCUCCACUCUCACCACCAUCACUGAGGUGUCCUUGCUGAAUGGUAGUGUUGUCACCUGUUCCAGCGGUGGAACAAUGGAGUCACGAUCAAUUACAGUGGCCAACUCUCCAUCGUCUCCAUCAACUCCAAUAUUGGCUUCACAACAUAAUGUAGUCAGUUCCACUAUUAUCACUCUGGACUGGGAAUCUCCCUCUUCUACUGGUGGUGUGUCACUCAGCUAUGUCCUCAUAAUCUCCCCAACACCUCUCUCCGGGUCAACAGUCACUGUGGAGACCACCUCAGCACAGAUCAUUACUUCUUACAAUAUUCUCUACACUGUGGCCAUCAGAGCUGUAAACUGUGCUGGAUUUAGUAGUGAUAUUAUGAUGACGAUGAUUCCUUCUAUUGUUACCUGCCCCUCUAACCCAACACCUGCAAACAGAGUGACCAUCAAUGGUGCUCCACCACUGCCUGCACUAGUAGGAUCAACACUAAGCUUCACUUGCAAUGGACAGAUGGUACUAGCAACCUGUGAGAGUGAUGGACGAUGGUCACCUGACUCCACCACAUAUAACUGUCCCUCAGAGGUCACCUGUGGGCCUCCUGUCACACCUUCCAGAGGCAGUGUGGACGUUCAGGGCCAGACAUCACCCUUUUUGAUGGACUCAGUGAUAAACUUUCGUUGUGACAAGGGACUUUUCCCAGCUGGUGAUAUGUCCAGUACAUGUGACAGUGUAGGAGGAGUGGGAAUUUGGAGACCAGACACUAAUAUAAUUUGCAGAGACAUACCUGUCAACUGCUCUCUACCCAAGGAACCAUCCAAGGGUAUUAUUAUAGUGGACUAUGAGCUGUUGAAUGAGACAGUGUUCGCGGGAACAAUGCUGACUUACCAGUGUGACAAUGGACUCUCACUGGCUGGACCCAACACCAUCACUUGCACUAAUGCUGGAGUCUGGAGCACUGAGCCUGAGGCAAUCAUGUGUGUGUCACCAACUGAAGGUCCUACUGCCACCUCCCUAUCCAUUGGUGCAGUUGCUGCUAUCAGCGUAAUUAUUACUUUCUUUGUGGCUGCCAUUCUUGGAUUCCUCACUGGACUCAUAGUGAUGCACCUUUGCUCUCGUAAGAAGGCGGUGUACUCUCUAGCAGCUAAAGGACAAGCUAACGUAGGACCCACAGCACAGCCAGCUGGUCCUGUUUAUGAGGAGGUGUCACCUAAAGAGGAGAUGGAACUGAACACUAACCAGGCGUAUGGACCAGUAGGUCUGUGAACCGUGCAUUUUGUUUUCCACCCAACGUACAUUGUCGUUCAGAAUACAUGUAUAAUUAUAGCUAGCUUUAAGGUAUAGUUGAGUUACGUGUUAUGCAUCUGUUCAUUAUAAAACCAUCAC